CCAGGAGGGCGCCCUGUCGGACGCGGCGCGGGCCCACGCACUGCGCGGCGGGAGCGAGCAGGCGGGCGGCGGCGGGGGGGGUCUCCAGCCUCAGAGGCGCUCGCGGGGCAGAGCAGCAUCCCAGGCGCGCCGCCCGCCCCGCCCGAGCCAUACGGUAGCUGGCCGGCGGGGAGGAGAGGGCCAGCGGGGCGAGCGGGCAGAGUUCGCCGCCCCCGAUACGCCACGGAGCCCCGCCGGGCAAGAGGGCGGCUGUCGCGGGUCACCCUGCCGCUCAUCCAGCCGAGAGCCGCCGCCACCGCCGCCGCUCUUCCUCCUAGUGCGCAGCGCUGAUGCUGGGCGGCCGCCGUCCCGCUCGCCGCCCGCGGCCAGCAGCUGCUCCCCUCGGCUCCCUUUGCCCGCCGAAGCCCAGCUCCUCGCCGUGCCCGGUGCGUGGGACGAUGGUAAGGGGUCUGUAGGACCAUGCCCCACACAAUGCAACGUGGCUUUCUCCUCCUGGCCUGCUGCUGCUGCUGCCUCCUGAGUCUGGCCCCGGGGUGGGCCUGCCCAGUGCGCUGCGAGUGCCUCCCUCAGCUCAAGUCCGUCAGCUGCUCUCGGAAACGCCUCACAUCUGUCCCGGAGGGAAUCCCAACCGAGACCAGGAUCCUGGAGUUGAACAAGAACCGCAUCCGCUGCUUGAACUCGGGCGAGCUCUCCUCCUUCCCCAGGCUGGAAGAGUUGGACUUCAGCGAGAACAUCCUCGCCAGCGUGGAGCCCGGGGCCUUCGGCAACCUCUUCCACCUGCGGGUCUUGCGGCUUCGACGCAACCAGCUCAAGCUGAUCCCUCAGGGCGUCUUCCACAAACUGGCCAACCUCACCCUCCUGGACAUCAGCGAGAACAAAAUCGUCGUCCUUCUGGACUUCAUGUUCCAAGAUCUGAGGAACCUGAAGCACCUCGAGGUCGGGGACAAUGACCUGGUCUACAUCUCCCGAAAGGCCUUCUCUGGCCUGCUCAGCCUGCAGGAGCUGACCCUCGAGAAGUGUAACCUGACGGACCUCUCGGCCGAGUCCCUCUCCCGCCUGCAAAACCUGGAGCUCCUCCGGCUCAGGCACCUCAGCAUUGCCCUGCUGGAGGAUGAGAACUUCCAGAAGCUCAGCCGUCUGCAGCUCCUGGAAGUCGACAACUGGCCGUUGCUGGAGGACAUUCCGCCCAAUGCCUUCCAGGGCCUGAACCUCACCUCCCUGUUCAUCACCUUCACCAACAUCACAGCCGUGCCCACCGCGGCCCUGAGGAGCUUGGGGCAUCUCGUGUACCUCAACCUCUCCUACAACCCCAUCGGCACCGUGCCCAGGGGGUCCUUCCGGGACCUCACCCGGCUGAGGGAGCUCCACAUGGUGGGCACUCUGCUGGUCUCCAUGGAGCCCCAGGCGCUCUCUGGGCUGAGGCAGAUCCGUCUCCUCAACCUCUCCAACAAUCUCCUGUCUACUCUGGAGGAGACCACCUUCCACUCCGUCAACACCCUGGAGACACUCCGGGUGGACCAAAACCCACUGGUCUGCGACUGCCGCCUGCUCUGGAUACUCCAGCGCCGGAAGACGCUGAACUUCGGUGGGCAGCCACCCAUGUGCUCCUCGCCCCUCGAGAUCCAGGGCAACGCUCUGCACGACUUCCCGGACUCCGUCCUUUUCGAGUACUUCACCUGCCAGAAGCCCAAAAUCCGGAACCGCCACCUGCAGCACGUGGUGGCUCACGAGGGGCAGGCAGUGUCCUUCCAGUGCCAGGCAGAGGGGGAGCCCGUGCCCUCCAUCAGCUGGGUCUCCCCUCAGCACCGGAUGAUCACCUCCAAGAGUUUGGGCCGGGUCACCGUCUCGUCCAGCGGGAUGCUGGAGAUCCGCUAUGCCCAGGCCAGGGACAGCGGGACCUACAUUUGCCUCGCCACCAACCCUGCCGGCAAUGACACCUACUUUGCCACCCUGACCGUCAAAGGGCCCUCCAUCAAUGGCAUCCUGGAUGCCAAUCGGACAUCGAUGCUAGGCGAGUUCAACGACACUUUCCACAACGACACCCGGGUCUUCAUCAAGUUCACCUUGGACCUCAAGACCAUCCUGGUGUCCACAGCCAUGGGCUGCAUCACCUUCCUGGGCGUGGUCCUCUUCUGCUUCCUCCUCCUCUUUGUUUGGAGUCGGGGCCGGGGGCAGCACAAGAACAACUUUGCCGGGGAGUACUCCUUCCGCAAGGUGGACGGCCCCACCUCGGCCUCCGGGCAAGGCGGGGCCAGGAAGUUCAACAUGAAAAUGAUCUGAAAGCCCGUUGCCAAAGGGGGCUCCGUGGGGCGAGGCAGCCCACUGGCCGCACAUCUGCCACUGCCCCGCCGCAGAUCAGAUCAGCUGCAUCAAGAUCCAGGGCUUUGACCCCCUCCUGACCCAUGCUCUGAGUGAGCCCUUGUGAGGCCAGACACAGACCCACUGCCACGGCCCUUCCCCAUUCCUCUCCCCACUGGGGUCUGGGCGGAGGGGUUGGGCUGCUCUCCUGGCAGCAGCUGGUCCAGACCCUCACUCUGUGGGGCUGCCAGCGCUGGCUUGGUAAGCAAGUGGCCAGUCCCCUCCCUCCCACUGCCUGUGGCAGAUGGCCUGGCCAGAGGAGCAGCUUCUGCUGGGUGGGAGGGCCUUUGACCCCCUCAGGACAUCAGCUGCACUCCCUCCCCAGUCCACCUCAUGGUGCUUCCAUCUCCCCUCCCCCAGGUCUCUUGGCCAGGUGGGAACACAAGCUAGGGGUGGGUGGGUAAUCCCCCCCAGCCGAGUCAGUGUUUUCUAUCUCAACUAUGCAUUUUUCAACCACUGAGAACAUUCCGUUCAGGUACGGAGGCCCCUCUUUUUUUAGCAACAAUUUUGAAAAAACCCUGGUUUAGUCGAUGGGUUCAUUUUUAAACUGUUUUAUAUGCACGUUCACUGUCUUCCUAGUAGGUGGCAGGGCUGCAAAGGGGGGGGGGGCAGCUCCGCCUCCCUCGGCCCAUCCAAGCAGAGCUGAGCACCGGCAGCCUCCGCCAGCCUUGAAGCCUUUCCAGGCGCAGGUCAGCAGGGGGUCCCCGGGGCUGGCCGGGAGCCCCUCCCCUCCCAGGUGGCAAAGGACAAAACCUGGCUGCGACCGAGACAGGUGCUUCCACGGCGUCCUGAAGGGGGCGCUGCUGAGCCACGACCGGCCAUCCCCCGCCUGCUUGCAUGGCCGGGGCGGGGAGGCUGAGCGCGCCAGGCUGGAUGGGGCUUCCGUAACGCCCCCCACCCUUGGUGACCUAGCGCCUCGUCUCUCCCCCCGGCAGCUAAGGGCAGUUUUCACACAUUGCAAUGAGCCAUAAGGUCUUCGGUCUCGGCUGAGCAAGCGGCCUGAACCACGCCAAUGAAGGCUUCAUCAACAAGCCAUAGUUAAACCAGGAAUUGCUGGGCAUGCCGCUGAGACCACUUUGCAUGCACGUGUGCGCCUGUGCAUAUUUGUGUGUGUCCCUGGGUCCCCAGCCGUCCUUCCGGAUUCUCCCGCCCUCCUCGUGGCCGCCAAACAUCUUUUCCGCAGCGGAGCAGCCGCACCAGCAGGGCUGUGAGAAACGGCCGCUGGCGCCUGCGCCUCCUUUGGCCGUCGGCCCCCCGUGGGCGGCUCAAGGCUGGGGGCAGCCGUCCUCUGCUGAGCUUCUACCCUCGGCCGGGCCGAGAGGGCUUCCGGCGGGGGGGGGGGGGGCUCAGCCCUCUGCGCAGCAGGGCGGCGAGCCACCCCGCCUGGAAGAAGGCGCAGAGGGAGAGACCCUCUUUUAUCACUUCCCUCCAUGGGGGGGGGGAAGAACAGACUUGCAGCCAGGCAGAGAAGUGGGGGCCGAUUGAGGAGGGGGCCGGCACGCCUUUUUUCAGCUGGCUCUUCUGACCGAAGCGAGCCGCCAAGGCCCCCCGCCCCAGGCCCCGUUGGGGAAGAGCUUUCAGACUGCAGGCCUCCACCUUUUCCCGCUUUCUCCUCCAUUCCCACCGCCCUCUCCCCACGCACAGCUGGCUCCAUCGUGGGAAGCAGCCCCCCCCAACAGCAGCCGAGUCUCUUUCGGGACACGGGCCGACCCGCAGCCAGCGAUCUGCGCUUUCUCUAGUGCGAAGCCAGCCCGACAGAGCGCGGGACCUCCUGAGUGAUUUUGGCCCCAGCCUACCUUGCAGGGCUGUUGUGCAAAACGAGCCAGUAUAGACCCAAAGGAACACAAGUCUCCGCUGGCAUCACCACUGGCAAGAUCCCCUCCCCCUCCCUAGACCAGCAAUCCCAGGGAGGCCCCGGCCAAGGGGGGGUCCUCUAGGCUCUCGGUCGCCACGGAUUCCUGCCCCCCCUUCUGGCUCUGAGUCUGCUCUGCCAGCCCCCCCCCGCCAUAAAAAUCACCUCCCGAGCGGGGGGAAGGGCACAGCUGGGAGAAGGGGGGGGUCCUGCGUGGGGGAGCUGCUCUCGCGGUUUCCUUCCUUCCGAAGCGCGCCAAGAAGGAGAGCCCGUCGCAGUCGCCCCAGCGCGCCUCGCUCUCGCGUCCUGCUGAGUUAAUAAAGAAGCCCUUCCACACGAGCCUCCUCCUCUUUUUACUCUUUCUUGCGUUCCGUUCCCACGCGCACGGACAACACCCAAAGGUUCCACGGGGAGCCCGUAGGAACGCGGAGUUGACACGUGUGGCGGUGGAUCCCUAGUUCCGAGGAAGGCACGCCGCCCUCCCCACCAGCCAAAGCCGCCCUCCUGCCAGAGCAAAGGGGAACCGGGAUUCCCCGCCCCCCCCCCGGCCAGCUGCUCCAGAGGCCAUCCAGCCUGACCCGCUCCGAGGGGCGGCGGAGGGGAAGCCCCGUCGGGUCCGGCGGAGGCAGCCGGCUUCGAGGGUCCAAGAUGGCGGCCGCGCGCCGCACUACAUCUCCCAGCAGGCUUCGGCCGCACCCUCUCCUCCGAUUGGACGCGCCCCGUUUCCC